AUGGGAAUCCCUAAACUGUUCCGCUUCAUCUCGGAGCGCUAUCCGGAGAUCAACCGGAAGGCCAACACGCUCCCGCCGCCUGUCUUUCACAAUCUGUAUAUGGAUCUCAAUGGAGUGCUGCACAACGCUACCCACUCCAACGACGAGGCUGUGUCGUACAAGAAGGACCCGGUCACCAUCGCCGCUGCUGUCUUUGGCUACAUCGAGCGAGUCUUCUCUGUUGUCGGCCCGCAGCGUCUGCUGUUCAUUGCUGUCGAUGGUGUCGCGCCGCGCGCCAAGGUCAACCAGCAGCGCCAGCGCCGGUUCAAGGCCGCCGCGGCCACCGAGGCCGGCCUCAAGGCGGCCAAGGAGGCCAAGGCUGCCGCACGCGCCGCGCGCAAGGCGGUUGCCGCCGAGCCCGGUGCAGGGCCUGACGCCGCUGCCUCGCUCUCCGAGUCGGACGAUGAGAGCGACGACGAGAGCGGCGAGGAUGACGACGAUGACGCCGCCGCCGCCAACGUCUUUGACUCCAACUGCAUCACGCCGGGCACUCAGUUCAUGGCGGCGCUUGUCGACCAGCUCAAGUACUUUGUGGCCCACAAGGUGGCGACCGACGCCGAGUGGCAGGCCAUCUCCGUCAUUGUCUCGGGGCCCGACGUGCCAGGCGAGGGCGAGCACAAGAUCAUGGACUUUAUCCGCGCCGCAAAGUCGGCACCUGGCUACGACCCCAACACCUCGCAUUGCCUCCACGGCCUCGAUGCUGACCUCAUCAUGCUUGGCCUCGCCACCCAUGAACCGCUCUUCACCCUUGUCCGCGAAAAGGUGGUCUUUGGCCAGUCGCGCGUCCUCAACGAGCGCUCUGCCAUCGCUGUCCAGCAAACCGACGACUUUGAGAUGCUCCACCUUGCCAUCCUCCGCGAGUACCUUAUUAACGAGUUCAAGCCGCGCGCGCCGCUAGCCUUUGCCUGGGACAUCGAGCGCCUGCUCGACGACUUUGUCUUUAUGUGCUUCUUCAUCGGCAACGAUUUUCUGCCGCCGCUCCCGCUCAUGGACAUCGACAAGGGCGGCCUCAAGGUUGUCUUUGACACAUACAAGAAGCUCCUCCCCACCUGGUCUGACUGGCUUGUCGACGCUGGCGCCUGUGUCAUCAACCCGCUCGCCCUUCAGGCGCUCUUUGACGCCCUUCGUGAGCGCGAGGCCCGUGUCAUGCGCGCCCGUCACCCAGGCGAGCUCGUCGACCCACCCGUGGCGCCCCCGGCUGCUGCUGCAGAUGCUGACGCUGCUGCUACCGACGCGCUCAAGCAAAUGCUCAAUGUCGGCGCCUCCCCCUCGCCGGCGCCGCCCGCCCCCUCGGCCUGGGCCCCGCCGCCCGGCAGUGUUUCUACUGACCAGCAGGCGGCAGGCCAGUCACCGGUCGAGUCAGCAGAACUCGAUCCGGCCGCCAACACGCCCACACCGCCUCCGCCAGCCGAGACAGACAACAAUGACGACGACGACGACGCCGCCGCUGCCGACGACGCCGCCGACGCCGCACCUGACUACCUGCUCUCGAUGGCCCACCUCCUCGGCGUCCAGCCGGAGACCUUGCUUGAGCCCGGCAAGCGGACGCGGCGCAAGCGCAAGGCGCCCGAGCCGACCGAGCCGCAGCUGGCAGCGGUCUCGGCCAACUCGCUCACGCCAGCGCAAAAAGCCGCGUGGUGGUACGACGAAAAGUUCCCGCACAUGGCGCCUGCUGCGCCAGAGGACUAUGUUCACGACGUCGUCUCGCAGUACAUCCAGGGCCUCGCCUGGAACCUGUCGUACUACUACCAGGGCGUGCUCUCGUGGUCGUGGUUUUACGGCUACUACUGCGCGCCGCUUCUCGCCGACCUUGGCUCCAUCCGCGACGCCGUCGUGGCGUACGACACUACCGCCACUCCGUUUUCGCCGUUUGAGCAGCUCAUGGCCGUUCUCCCGCACUACUCGGCCUCGCUCCUCCCUCCUCCGCUCGCCGAGCUCAUGACCGCGCCCGACUCGCCGCUCGCGCCCUACUUCCCCGCCGACUACGGGUUCAUCCCCGACGAGUCCGGCAGGAGCUGGAAGGACAUUGCUCUCAUUCCGUUUGUGGACCAGACCGCUCUCUCCACCGAGGUCGCCGCCCGCCUCGCCCAAUGCUCGCCGAGCGAGCUCGCCCGCAACACGCCUGGCACUGCCUUCCUCAUUCACUACAACCCGUCGAACAAGACCCAGCUGAGCCCGCCGGGCGAGCUCGCCGUCCUACCGGCCCUCACCAACGCGCCCGUCGCCAUCGUGCCGUACACCACGCCUCGUCUCGCCGCCCCGUUCACCCCCAAGCUCUGCGCCGGCGCGCGCCCGCCGCCGGCCGCGCCAGUCCCGGGCUUCCCCUCGUUUGCCACCGUCCGCUACCUGUACACCGUCCGCUCAGUUGGCGUCCAGACCGUCGCCGGCCCGUCGCGCGAGGACUCGCUCAUCAUCCUCCCCGACGAGUCGGCGCUCGCCUCGAUCCCAUCGGCUCGCUACCUCGCCGAAAAAUACCUCGGCCAGACCGUGUACGCCAACUGGCCGUACCUGGUCGAGGCUCGCGUCGUGGCGCUCUCCACCCCUUCCAUGUACUACUACCCGGGUACUGGCGCCGAUGAUGGCAUUGUCCUCGAGGAUGUCGUCCACGACUGGGACGAGACAGUGGCCCGACUCGACAACGACUACCUCAUCCACCACGGCAUCAAGCUCCGCGACAUCCGCUACGUCUUCCACGUCACUGUUCUUCACCGCCUUGUGCUCCACGCCGACGGCUCGGUGACCAAGGACUUUGGCCCUGACCCCAAGACCGGUCUGGAGCUCCUCCUUCCGCUGCAGCUCGCCGUCCGCACCGUUCCUGCGCCGGACACCCGCUACGUGCCCAAGCCAGUUCCGCUCACUCAGCUCUACGCCCGCGGCGCCGCUGUCGCCGUCGUCGGUGGCGUCCACUUUGGCGGCGUCGGCACCGUCCUCGAAGUCGCCUCGUCCUCCAAGGGCAAGGGCGAGGCUGACGACAACGACGGCCCGUCCGCCUCGGGCCCGGCCUCUUACAAGCUCAACGUUGCCGUCACCCCGCCGCUUGACCUCGACAUCGACCUCACCCCUGUCGUCAAGGCCUCGCGCUCCGAGCGCUAUGUCUCCACCAACGACGCCGCCCGCGAGGUCGGCAUGUCGCAGCUGGCCGUCGCCCGCAUCACCGGCGCCGUCACCGUCUCAGUCCCCGGCCCGGCCACCAUCCACAUCGGCCUCGGCGUCAAGUUCUCCGGUCGCGGUCUCCGCAUCGUCGGCUACGCCCGCCGCCGCACCAUCCGCUCUGCUGGCGGCACCGCCCGGCAGAUCUGGGAGUUCUCCACCAAGACGCUCGGCCUGCUCAAGACCCUCAAGGCCCGCUUCCCCACCUUUGUCAACGCCCUCUCGCGCGCACCCAAUGAGCGCUCGUACAAGGUCUCGGCCCUCUUUGGCUCGCAAAAGCCGAUGAUGCACCUCCGUCGCCUCAUCAAGUGGCUCUCUGAACUCGAGGUCGCCUCGCUCCCGCUCGUUCCCGACGACAUGGCCUCCCUCUCGGCGUCUGCCAUCGCCGCCCUCGAGGACGAGCUCGACGCCGCCGCACAAGCCGCCGCCAAGCCGUCCAAGCCCAAGCUGGUCAAGGCGGUCCCAGCCACGCACCUCGUCAAUGUUCACACCAUCUCUCGGGUCACCACGCCAGCCGCCCUCCCCACCAAGUUCUACAUCGGCGAUCGCGUCCGCUCCGUCCGCCCCGCCGGCCCCAUCCCGUUUGGCACCUGUGGCUACAUCGUCACGCUCCGCGGCACCACCGCAGAGCUUGUCCUCGACCGGCCCAUCAUUACCGGCUCAACCCUCUCAGGCCGCCUCGCCACCCUCCGCGGCGUCACUGUCUCCACCUCUUGGCUCGUCAACCUCUCGCGCCCGCCGGCCUCGGCCACUCCGCCCGAGGACCGUGCCGCCGCCAAGGCUGCCAAGGCCGCCAAGGCCGCCGCGGCCGAGGCCGCCAAGCCCAAGGUUGGCAAGGACGCCGCCAUCUCCAACAACCCCUUUGCCGCCCUCCUCUAA